UCAAGGAACGACGACUACUGGUUUCCAUGACACGCCACAUACUGCGGCAACGGACAUCAUGCGACGUCGUGGCAGUUUGAAUAACGAUGAGGAGACGAAUCAGGCGGCUUGGGAGGCGGCGCGGGGUGCCGGCUGGGGUGCAGUUAAGUGGGGCGCCUUCGCUGUCGUAGCUGGCUCGGUGGCAUACGCUUUCUCUCCAGUAUACCGCGGGCUUACGGUCCAGUUUAAGACCUAUAUCCAAAUGUCUGGCAUGAUCGUUGGCAGUAUGGUGGAAGCCGACAAGCGCAUGGUUGCCUAUGAGCAUCACGUACGGCACCAAAAGAGGAUGGCGAGGGACAUGGAGAUCUGGAGGCGGUAUGAAGAGGAUUUUGAGACGAAGGGCACGCCUGGAGUCGGUGGAGAGGGCAGGGUCAAAGGGAGAGAGCCUGAGGUAUAAGAUUACCGCAAGAUAUCUAGGAUAUGGCGUGGUAUUACUUGGUUUUGGAGCAUUGGAAGGCUAGAAG